UGUCCGGAUUUGAAAACAUUCGUUAAUAAUUUGCAAUAAAAAAUUAAAAAACCAAAUUUUUUCUCGAGGUUUGGCAUAUAAUCGAUUAUUAUUUUUGCAAUAUAGCGACAUCUAUUAAAAAGUUGAUUUAAACAUACAAGAUUUUUUUGUAUUUAUGACCAAUUUGUUGCAUCAUAAUCCGCACCGCGAGAGUAUAGUAUUUUUUAGGUUAUGUUUUUAUACACAUUUCAGUUGAAAUCUCAUUUUCUCCACAAACAAGCGAAAAUAUGGCGAUAAACCUCGAUAUAAGACUGAAACGAGCCGAUAAAGUCUACCGCGAAGACGAGAACAUCACAGGGGUCAUAGCAUUAAGCAGCACCUCAGACUUGAAACACGAUGGAAUAACACUCACAGUUGAAGGCUGUGUAAAUUUGCAACUCAGCUCAAAAAAUGUGGGCAUUAUUGAUGCCUUCUACAACUCAGUCAAACCCAUACAACUCAUAGGAGUCACGUGUGAAGUGAGUGGUUCAGGUCGUCUUCCCGCAGGGGCAACAGAAAUCCCGUUCGAAAUCCCCCUGAAACCCAAACCUAAUCGCGUCCUGUAUGAAACCUAUCAUGGAGUUUAUAUCAACAUCAGCUAUGCAAUACGAUGCGACAUUCGACGUUCUUUUUUAUCGAAAGAUUUGCAAAAAAGCCAACAAUUUCUAGUGCAAUAUUGGUCAGGGCGGAAUCCCGGGCCCCCACCACAUAUCAAAGACAACAAGAAACCUGUGCAGUUUAAGUUGAGCCCCACUACUUUAGCAUCAGGGGGGCCAGGUGCCCCAGAUUUUUUACUAAAAGGCCAACUCAAUUCGAUUUGCUGCAGCAUAAAUCGACCUCUUACUGGUCAUUUAGUCAUGGAGAGGUGUGCAACCCCUGUGAGGUCAAUCGAGUUGCAGUUGGUCAGAGUGGAGACUUGUGGCUGUGCUGAGGGGUAUGCUAGGGAGGCGACAGAGAUACAAAAUAUUCAAAUUGGCGAUGGCGACAUUCCCACAAAUGUUGACAUUCCUAUCUAUAUGGUGUUUCCAAGACUGUUUACGUGUCCAACUUUGAUUACCCCCAAUUUUAAAAUAGAGUUUGAAAUCAAUUUAGUAAUCGUAUUCCACGACGACCAUUUAGUCACAAACAACUUCCCAUUGAUUUUAGUGAGAGAAUAGCAUACAAAAAUCAUUUUAUUCAUUAAUUAAUAGAAUACAAAAAAUAUAUGUACAUAAAAUUAGGAUUCAGCGACUGCAAGAGCCAAAUUCGAAACUAUAGAAUCUAAUUGUUUUUCUAUUGCCAAAAUAUGUCCUGUAUUACAAGUAUCACUAGCAAUAAAUGUUACAAUAA